GUCACAAGCUCCUCCCACAUCAAAAUGCCAAAUUAAAACAUUCUACACUCAUGUACUGCACGCUGGGCCAAGGUUCAAACCUACCCAGGUGACCGGGACACGGAUCCCUCGAACGCAUGGGAAUGACAGAACCGUGACUUUGCUGUAGGUUGCGGAAUGCAAUUACCUUCUAGUUUAGGCAAAAUGAGGGAAUGGUGGUUUCUUUUGGGCUUGCUGUGCAUUCCUCUCCUGGCAGUCUACCUACACAUCCCCCCCCCCCAACUUUCCCCAGCCCUCCUGUCCUGGCACUCUGGGGGAGCUUCCUUCACUUUCAGGGGCAACAGCAUCUUCUACAGAGAGUCCUAUGGUGCUGUAGGCAGCUCUGAUGUUGUGAUUCUCCUCCAUGGUUUUCCUACUUCCAGCUAUGACUGGAACAAGAUAUGGGAACCCCUGAAUCAGCGUUUUAACAGAGUCAUUGCUCUGGACUUCCUUGGCUUCGGCUUCAGUGAUAAGCCUAGGCCCCAUCGCUACUCCAUCUUUGAGCAGGCCAGUGUUGUGGAGGCUUUGGUGUCCCACCUGGGUCUGUCAGAGCAGAGGGUCAACCUGUUGUCACAUGACUACGGAGACACUGUAGCCCUGGAGCUCCUUUACAGGACUGACCACAACCGGACUGGACACUUGAAUAUCAACAGUCUAUGUCUGUCCAAUGGAGGAAUAUUCCCUGAAACACAUCAUCCCAGAAUUCUCCAGAAGCUCCUCAAGGACUCCAGCUUUCUCUCUCCUGUACUGACCCGUCUCAUCAACUUCAUGCUGUUUUCUAAAGGGCUUGGCGAUGUGUUUGGUCCUUACACACAGCCCACGGAUGCUGAAUUCUUGGACAUGUGGACCGGGGUCCGCUUCAAUGAUGGGAACCUAGUGAUGGACAGUAUCCUGCAUUACCUUAAUCAGAGGCUGGAACACCGAGAUAGAUGGGUUGGAGCACUCACCUCCACUGUCAUCCCGGUGCACAUGAUCUAUGGACCCCUGGACCCAGUUAACCCUCACCCUCAGUUCAUCCUUCAUUACCAGAGACUGGUCAAGAGGUCCACAGUGUCGGUUCUGGAUGAACACAUCAGUCAUUAUCCUCAACUGGAAGACCCCACAGGCUUCCUCAAUGCCUAUUUCAGCUUCAUUAAUGCUUUCUAAGCAUCCUCACCAGCACGUAAAUAACCUUGGCCAUGUUCUUUUGGACUCCCAACACGCAUUUUUGCCAUGUGCUACCUAAUGAACACAUUCAUACUUCCAGCGAUGCCGAUGCAUGGACUGAAACACUUUGAGCGUAGACAGAGCCCCCGAGUAGGUGAGUCUGUUGAACGUGAACGGUGUGAUGGCUGGUGUGAUGCACGGUAUCACCUUGAAGAAUCCAUUCCUGGCACUGAGGUCACUAAAGCAGCAGAUGGAAUAUUAUCACGGGUGCAGGGGCCAUGUGGGAUCUUUGUUGUAGAACGAAAUGACUGCGAAAUAGAGCUACAUGAAAAGUUUUGUAAGGUCUACCAUAGGUGUACUUACUGGAAGCAUGACCCAUUGGUAAAUUUCAGAAGUUUGUAAACAGCAUCCUGAAGAAAUAUUUAUUUUCAUAUGAUUUCUACAUUGUUUACCGAGAAACUGCUUUUCUUGAAAUAAAUUAGU